CUUACAGCCCACGGACUGGUAAUGGUAUUCUUUGCAGUUAUGCCAGCUAUGGGUGGAUUCGGUAACUACAUGGUUCCCGUAAUGAUUGGGGCUCCAGAUAUGGCCUUCCCUCGUCUAAACAACAUCUCAUUCUGGUUACUUAUCCCUUCAAUUACUCUACUACUAGCUAGCGCUUUCGUAGAACAAGGGGCAGGUACAGGAUGGACAGUUUACCCUCCUCUAUCAGGUGUACAAGCUCACUCAGGUGGAUCAGUUGACCUAGCUAUCUUUGCUCUUCACCUUUCAGGUAUUAGCUCAAUGCUGGGUUCAAUGAACAUCCUUACAACUAUCCUUAACAUGCGAGCUCCUGGAAUGACUCUACACAAAAUGCCACUAUUCGUAUGGGCUAUGCUAUUCCAAUCAGUUAUUAUUAUUCUAGCCGUUCCUGUACUAGCAGGUGGUCUAACAAUGCUACUAACUGACCGUAACUUCAACACAUCAUUCUUCGACGCAGCCGGAGGUGGUGACCCAGUGCUAUACCAACAUAUCUUCUGGUUCUUCGGACACCCUGAAGUAUACCUAAUGAUCAUUCCUGGUUUCGGUAUUAUUAACCAAGUUAUCCCAACAUUCGCAAGCAAACCUAUCUUCGGAUACCUAGGC